AUGAGCAAGAACAGCAAAGGAUCCAAGGGCAAGGAACGCCAAUUGGCCGCAAACUACCAGCUUGGGCGAUUUGACGUGCUGUGUUGCAGGGGAAAGAUUGCGUUGGAACACGAAGGCAACUGCCGCUUCCGUGCCAUGGUUCAAAGCUUUCUGCAUCAAUACGCCCACUCGAGCUGCAAAGUCGUGAAGAGCCGCAUCGUCUCUACCAUUGUGGACUCGGUCCGUCAGGCAUCUCCGGAGGGUGGCUUUGUCAAGUUUGUGGACGAAGGCUGGAUUGUAGUCUCUGACCGCUUUGCCAGGGAAAAGGUUGGCCAGACCUUUCGAGAUCUUUUGCACGCACAGUACAAGUCCAGUACAAAGGCCAAGGCGAGAGUUCGCAAUACCGAACUCACACCAGAACCCGCACCGUACACGGCACCCGCCCUUCCCUCCGGUCUUCCUCUCCAUGUACAGCCUUCAUAUGUGUCCAGCAACACCAGUGCUGCGCAAUUGCCUGCUUGGGUUGGCUCUUGCCCCCUUCAGGUUCAAAUGAACUCAACUUCGUUGAUCCCUCUGUCUUCCGCAACCCCAACGGGGAUCGCGCAGUUUCCACGCGAAUCUUUGGCCACGACUACGCUUAAUAGGUCAACCCCCCACGAGGGUUCUAUUAGGACAAGUAUGAUCGCGAGCGGAGACCAUCCAACGCAACACAACUUUCUCGAACAACUCAUUCAAAAUCUGGACCGUUCCUCGACCCCUGGAGCUCCCGAAGAGUUUGAAAACCACAUGUUGAAACCAUUGCUGUCCGCUCCAUCGGUCGCUGCACCUGAAGAUGCCAAACCAGCGAGGCACCAGAUGAGUCAGAUGAGUGCAGAGUCAUCUCAAAUGUUGUCGGAUUUGGAACCAUUGCCGCUUCUCAAUGACUUGGGCAGCUCUUCUGCUGUCUUCUCCAUCGACUCGUUUCGGUGGGAACCUCGUCCUUAA